AUGCGGAGUGUGAAACUCUCGUGCUGGCGUUGCAUUUUCUUGCCGCGAGACAAGCGAUUUGGAGGUAACCUUGUGGGCCUAUUGAGGACCAUCACAACCGACCAAGGGACAGUGUUCACUAGCGCAAAGCUUAAUGCCUUUAUGGCGCAAUACGACAUCCGAUUGGUACAUUUUUCUCCGUAUUAUCUGCAAGCCAAGGGGCAAGUCGAAGCCACGAGCAAGACACUAAUCGCUAUCAUAAAAAAGGCGUUGGAUGACAACCCGAGGGCAUGGAACGAUACUUUGGAGGUAGCCUUGUGGGCCUAUCGGAACGCAAAGUCUGCUGCAACCAGAAGCACACCUUAUAGGUUGACCUACGAACAAAACGCGGUCCUACCCGUUGAGAUAACGGUACCUUCUUUUAGGGUAUUGAAACAAAAUGAAAUACCGAUGGAGGAACAUAACCCGGUGUUGUUGCAUGAGCUGGACGGCCUCUCGGAGGAACGACUUCAAGCCCUUAAGCACCUCUGUCUCCAAAAGAAGAAAUUUGAACAAACCUUCCAACGACAGGUUCGGCCGUGGUCUUUCCAAGAGGGCUACUUGGUUUGGAAAGUUAUACUCUCGGAAGGUCCCAAAGACCCGAAGCUCGGAAAGUGGUCGCCUAAUUGGGAGGGCCUUUAUAUCAUCUCGGAAAACCCGAAGGUGAAGAUUUAA